AUGGGUUCUUAUAUAUUUUGUGCUAUUUUGUUAUUAUCCAUUGGAAUUUCUUUGGCUUCUUCAAUUGGAGAUCAAAAGAGAGAUAAGAUAAGUUGGUUACCAGGACAACCAAAGAAUAUUGGAUUUGAACAGUAUUCAGGUCAUGUGACAGUGAAUGAACAGAAUGGAAGAGCAUUGUUUUAUUGGUUGACUGAAGCACCACUCACUCAUCAACCCAAUUCAAAGCCACUACUUCUAUGGCUUAGUAGUGGUCCUGGUUGUUCUGCUAUUGCUUUUGGUGCUUCCGAAGAAAUUGGCCCUUUUCGUAUUAAGCCCGAUGGCAAGUCACUUUACUUGAAUCCUAGUGCUUGGAACACUUUGGCAAAUAUAUUGUUCCUCGAUUCUCCUGCUGGUGUUGGAUUUUCUUAUUCUAAUACAACAUCAGAUCUGUACACAUUUGGUGACCAGAAAGCAGCUGAGGAUUCAUAUACUUUUCUUGUUAAUUGGCUUGAAAGAUUUCCUCAGUAUAAGCAUAGAGAACUCUACAUUGGUGGGAUAAGUUAUGCAGGUCAUUAUGUUCCUCAAUUGGCUCAAAUUGUUUACCGGAGAAAUAAGGGAGUCAAUAAUCCAGUUAUCAAUCUUAAGGGAUUUAUGGUUGGAAAUGGUGUUAUUGAUGAUUAUCAUGAUUUAGUAGGAACAUUUGAGUACUGGUGGACACAUGGUUUGAUUUCAGAUUCUACAUAUAAACUUCUAGGAACUGCGUGUGUCUUUGGAUCUUCUACGCAUCCAUCAGCGCAAUGUACGCAGGCAAUUAACGUUGCAGCUGCUGAGCAAGGAAACAUUGAUCUAUUUAACAUUUAUGCACCGCUUUGUAACAGUACAUCGUCGCUUAAACGCGACUUGGACAGUCGUUAUCCAGGGAUGUCUAUAGCAUAUGAUCCAUGUACCGAUAGUUAUUCUGAUUUGUAUUUCAACCGUCCGGAAGUUCAGAAGGCACUUCAUGCCGAUGCAAUUGGGAUUCCAUAUACAUGGAAGGCAUGCAGUGAUGUUGUUCAGAAUAGUAAUUGGGGUGAUUCGCCAUUGUCUAUGCUUCCUAUAUAUCAUGAACUUAUCAAUGCCAGUCUAAGGAUAUUGGUAUUCAGUGGAGACAAUGAUGGUAUAGUUCCAGUAACCGCCACUCGAUAUUCAAUUGAUGCAUUGAAGCUUCCAACCAUCGUCAAUUGGUAUCCUUGGUAUGACAGUGGCAAGGUUGCUGGAUGGAGUCAAGUUUAUAAAGGGCUAACAUUGGUGACAGUAAGAGGAGCUGGACAUAGAGUUGCUCUUCAUAAGCCUCCCGAAGCGUUUAUUGUUUUUAGAUCAUUUUUGGAGAACAAGAACAUGCCAUCCUCAAGUUGA